CACACAGAGAGAGAGAGAGACAGACAGACAUGACUAAGUGCCUAGUCAUUCUCAGAGUGGAGGUACAAUCCAGAGCUCACUCUUCGGCACCAAUUGCACCUUCCGAACUGAUUUAGAAAAGGUGAGCAUCGUGAACGGAGGGCCUUGGAGACCUAAAUAGAUUCAGAGAAACAGGGAAAAAAUGAGUUCCUGAAUAUUUCUAAGUCAUGAGUCUGGAACUUAUGACAUACAAAGAAAUAUUUUUGGAGUGCCUUUAAGAGAUGAGAAAAAAGAAUUGGAGGCUCUCAGGAAAGGAACAGAGUGAGGCCAGUAAGAAAGGCAGGUAUGAGAACUACUGAGACAAGGAGUAGGAACUUGGGGAAGAUUUAAAAACCAAUUCAGUAAAAGGGGGCUCGAACAAGCUGGGAAUCAAGUGGUUCAGUGCAGUCGGGAGGAGAAAAGUUCUGCUGUAGGAGAAGUGGUGCAGUACACUCGUAGACGGGCAGCUAGGUGAGCAGACAGUUCUCCACAGUCUUGCAUUAGGCAGAGAAUUAAAUAUGGAAUUAUUGGAAGGAAAGGAGGGGGGAAUCUCAAAAGGUAGGAUAAAGGAAUAUCAAGAUAAAAAAAAAACGCUAAAUUUUGGGCCAGUGAAAGGAUGGGAAUGGAGAAAUCCUGCAGUGAAUAAGAAUACAAACAUAAGUGCUGCCAUAAGUGUGAAUAUACAUGUGCAAAUGCCUCCACACGUACAUAUAUAAUGUGAAUAUUCAAAGCUUCACCAGGAUAUUAGGUACUCCCAGGCAAGCAGUUAACUAUUGCAUACCUCUCUUCCUCCAUACGUGGAAAUACAGUUUGCUGUAACAUGCAAUAAUAAUCCCCAAAAUAUCACUGACACAAGAAUCUUGCCAAUUCAUCACUCCUGCUGUCCCAUCACUUCAGCCAGGUCCUAGCUGAGACCACGCCCUCACUUUCUUUACACUGCACUGUGCCUGGUUGCAACCUGUUUCCUUCUGGUUUCUCUCCCCAGAUCUGCUUUGCCCUCAGCAUGACACAGACCCUUUCCUCAAUUCUCUGCAAGGACAACAGCUGGGUUGUAAAUUUGGUAACACUUUAGUUAGGGCAUAGCAAUAACUGAAGGAAAUGAACAGAAAGCUUAGAAUGAUCCAGCUUUUCUUAAAAUCCACAGGCUCAAUCCCCUGCCCAUGCAGCCACCUCCUGCCUCCUAUCCCUGACCUGACCUCAAGUGAGGAUAUGCUAACCUCCCUCAGGAGAGGUCAUCUUAAACUUCCGUCUCCUAACUAAAGUAUAAGCAUCAGCCACCAGGAAAUUUCAAAAAAAAGGAAGCACUGCUUUUCUUGUCUUUCAUCUUCUAUCCCAGGGUCUCUUCUUUCCAAGAUGAUAGACAGUGGGAAACCUUACACCCCUCGUGAGAAUCCUCUGUCAAGGUCUCUGAGCCUACCCAUUAUGUCUCCUCUCUUUUCUACUUUCUAGUAAUAAAUGUUCUUUCAAGGUUCUGUGCUCAGCCUUCUGCAUCCCAGUUAUUUAUAUUCAUAUAUUCACUCAGCCUUAAUGGGAACUUUGGUGUACAUGACUCUGAUCUCUACUAUCCAGCCCUAGCUCAUCCUGUUGUCCUUCCACAGUGUGGUGUAGUGAAGUGGCCAUAGAACUUGGCAUCAGAUAUCCAGGGAGGUAGGACUGGAAUCCACUGGGUCUAGGACCUUCCUGGCCGGUCUUUUUUGCCACAAGUGGCCAAAAGGAGAAAUAACAGAAUCACUGAUUUCCCCAGGAGCAGAGUGCACCUUUCACAGACUGCCACAGUGUCCCCACCCCCAAUCUUCCUGAGGAGCCAGGCUUGCAGGUAUAUAAGUAUCUAUUGAUGCUGUCCUGCCCUGACUUGGUCUUCUCUCCCUUAAAAAUGGACAAGUGCCCUCUCCCGGAACUCCUCAUCCUGCUCUGCUGCUUUAGGGUGCUAUCUGGGUCGUUUUCAGACAGAGUUGACCAAGAAAAUGAAGUAAUUUUUGAUGAAGAUCAAUAUUCUGGAGUUCGGAGAUUUAUUCAAUGUAGGAUGUGUCACCUCCAGUUCCCAGGAGAAAAGUGCUCUAGAGGAAGGGGCUUGUGUACUGCAACCACAGAGGAGGCCUGCACAGUUGCCAGGAUGUUUGAUAAGGAUGGAGCUCUCUGGUUAACCUUCAUGGGCUGCCUAAAGAACUGUGCUGAUGUGAAAAACAUAAAAUGGAGUGUCUAUUCGGUGAGCUUCAGGUGUUGCAGGAGCUACGACUUGUGCAAUGAAAACCUAUAGAAGUUGCUGGUCCUUCUGUGGAACCAGUCACUGGGUGACACUGAGGCCUCAGUCUCGUCACAAGGACUUCUCUUAAUUAAGAAGAAAAAAACCACACUUCAGAAAACGAUUACGAAGACAUGGCUCUGCCUCAGGCAGAUGAAAUAAAAAGUCCUCUCCUUUUC